CAGAAAUGACUAAUUAUUAAAAGGUUAUUCCUUGCGACAAUAAUAACCCAAGAAAAUACUACAAAUACUUAGGAUUUACCUGUGACUUGACAUUUCGUUGAGCUUUACUACAGUUGUUGGGAUCAAAGAUCAAAUUACAAAGCAACAACAGAGCCAACGUGUACACUACAAAACAGAGAACGCUAAAUUAAUGGUUUUGGUAUUUAUUUCGUGCUUUUUUAUGUAGCAUAACAUGACUUAUAUAUGAAAAAACUUGGUACUCAUGCAAUCCAACCAACCCACGGCAAUUGAAAUACGGAAUGACCGCCUCUAGUCAAGCCGUUCAAGGUCGUUGAAACGAAAGGGCGGGCACAUUUCAAAAGGACCUAACGUUUAAACCUUGCCUGACUAUCACGAACAUAGUGCUUUUCUUGGGGUAUUUGCAAUAGCGCUGACUUCAUAAAUUCUGCUCGGAUCAUGUCAUAUAAUUGUAAAACAAUAAAUCAUACGAUAAAAUGUGUCAAUCUGAAACGCAGCAAAACUUUCAGCCCGUCACCUGUUCCUGAUAAUUUGGAUUCUGCUUCGCCCACUGUUCAACAAUGCAUUUCGUCUUACUACUCACUUAUACAGUGCUUUCAAAUUCAUGACGAGCAAAGGUUUCAUAAGAAAUACUCUUGUUUACCCCUCUCGAAUCUGGACUUGGUUGAAAGUAGAAGUCUAGCACAUGAGAAACGACCGAACAACUUGACAAAUGAAGCUUCGAAAAAUGACACCGCCCAAAUAAAUAAUUAUAAUGUUUUCGGGUAUUCAGGCGGUCCUUUAUUAACACUGACUAAGUCACUGCUGGGUAUACGCGAACCUUUGGAGUGGAAGGAUACUAUCGAAAUUCGUCAGUUAAGUCCUGGAUGCAAAUGGCCAUCUGAGCUACUCAAUCCGAUCAAAAGUCAACCAAAUACAACUUUAUAUCUAUUGACGGAGUUUCUCGAGCUGCAAUUAGAUGACGGUAACCUAGAACCUAUUUUUGGUUCAGCAUUUAUUUACGAUGUUCAUUCGCGCCUUAAAGUUUCGGAAACAUUCCAUUUUGAUACCAAUUCAACGAGAAUGAUGAACUUGUUUAGUGGUAGUAUGACAAACCAGCAACUAGCUUAUCGUGAUGUGACCUCAUUAGCACAGACCUGUUUGUUUCGAAUAAGUAGUCGAUACAAUCUGUCCAACUCAACAGAUCUAAGAAGUAAUAUUACGAAGCCUUAUUUAAAAACACCCUCUGGGGGCUCUGCGGAAAAAAUUGGAGUACACUCGAAUGUUCCUACAAAUGACUGUGAAUCAAAUAAUGACGAUGAUUUUGGUUUAGAAGACGUCCUACUAUUUGCUUCAGAAUGGACUGAGAAGCUUACUUAUAACUCCUGUAAAACAUCUUGUUGUAAAGGCGGAUUGUUUUUAAUUAUUCGAGUAGAGAAGGUAUUACAACAAGGUGAUGUAAAUGAUAUCAUUGAAGGUUAUAAUAAGGAUGAAAAAAAUAAAGAUAAACUGAAAACCACAAUAAACUGGUGUUGUCAACGCUUAGGACGUUAUCGUAUGCCCUUAGUUUGGACUGCUGUUGAUUUAACACCAUAUAUGAUUGAUCCUCGUAAUAAAUUUAUUCAAUCACAAACUGAUGAUACUCAUUGUGCAAAAACAACGGAAUCCAUUAAUCUCAAUAAACAAUAUUCUGAGUUUAAUAAACGAAAUUUAAAUGGUGGCGGUAGUACACGUAGUCGGUCAGUAGAUCCUGCUUUACAUAAUCAUUCAGAGGAUAAUAGUGUUAAUCCUCAUGAUUCAUUAUCAUCAUCAAUAUUUGGUGUAUCGAAUAGUCCAGAGGGUUUCGUAAAAAAAGCAAAAUAUGACUGGAUAAAAGGAAUGGUAACUAGUCAUCAUGAAAAACGCUUUCACCAAAGUAUUUCUAAUUGUUCAAAAAGCGUCGAACAAUCAGAUUCAAUAUACUUUUCACCUAUAGAACUAAAAAUUAGUAAUUUUUUUAGACAAGAAAAAGAUCGAAUAAAUGACGAUGAGUUAUUUCGUCAUGUUAAUGAAAUUCAUCGUCAAACACUAUUUAAUCAUCGACAUGUCAUUUUACCUGGUCCUGGAUCAAAUGGUGUUUUAAUGAACAAUCACGUUGUUACCAAUAAUAACAGUAAUAAUUCAGAGAAUUCUAAUUUAAAUAUUUCCAACUUUUCAUUAAAUCUUUCAUCUGCAUUUAGUCCUACUAGCGGUUCAGUGAGACGUUUCAAAACAAUUUCUAAUAUAUCAUUAAAUAUACGUUUACAUUGGGCGACUUCACAAACUCUUAUCAAUUUGUUAAAGUCAACGAAUCUAAAAAUUGAAAGAUAUUCAAUUUCAAAAAGAAAAGAUGAACUAAAUAGUCAGUCUAGCAUUUUGCUCAAUCCCGAAUGUCUUCCGUACAUUGGUUCUAUUUUUCAAGCAUUUAGUGAUUUUUCUGUUAAUAAAGUUGACAAUAACUCUACAGUGUUUGAACAUAAACCAAAUAUGAUUCGUGAAGUUCUUGAAUUGCCUUCACCAGAUCUAAUGGUCCCAUUUACAUCAUAUCGUAACCUUUUAUAUGUAUAUCCACGAAGUGUUAGUCUUCCUCCUUCAAAACAGGCUUCUUCUCGAAAUAUUACUGUUCGUGUACAAUUAAUGUAUAGUGAUUCUACUGUAACUAAAGUACUUCCGGCUAUAUAUGGCAAAAGCAAUUCUCCUAGGUUUAUAAGCGACGCGUUUACUACAGUUCUAUAUCAUAAUAGAUCGCCAGAAUUUUUCGAUGAAAUAAAAAUUCAGUUACCUGGAAAAUUGGAAGAAACUCAUUAUCUGUUAUUUACAUUUUAUCAUGUAAUUUGUCAAACAAAAAAACUUGAAUCAUCUGCGUCUUUAGAAACCGUAAUUGGUUAUUCUUGGCUACCUUUAUUAGAACAAGGAUGUUUAAAAGAUCGUGAUCUGAAUUUGUUAGUCAGUGUAGAAAAACCAUCCCCAGCUUUGGCAAUGAUUAAGCCGGACAUAAAAUCGAUCUCAGAAAAGUUUUGUAUGGAUGCUUGCAAAUGGGUUGAUGCUCAUCGUGAACUAUUCAGUGUUUCUACAACUGUUGUUUCUAGCGUUUACAUGCAAGAUGCUUCAUUAGAAUGUCUUUUAUCGGCUUGUCAUAUAAAUCGAAUCAAUUCUACCAUUGAAAGUUUUGCUAAUCGAUCUGCUGUUCGUCAACUAUUCUCAUAUAUUCAUAAAACAAGUCUUCAUCAGUUAACUGCAUUUUUCGUACCACUCCUCGAUGGCUUUCUUCGAUUGUUAUUUAAUUGCAUAAUAAGUACAAUUUCAAUCAAAAUGAAUGGUACCAAAUCGAAUAAUAAUGAUAGUAGUAUGGAGAUAAAUAGACCUAGUCUAAUCGCGUUAGAACUGCUCAUUGUAUUUUUGAAUCGUAUUACACGAAGUUUUCCUCAUUUAAAUGAUAGACAUGGAAGAAACCAACUUCUAGUUUCAUAUUUAACUGGCCCACACUUUUUAACUAUUGAAACAGUUUUAGGUCAUUACUUCUCUGGACAUCCGUUAUUUGGAGUACCGAUAGUUUCGGAUUUGGUAAAUCCCGAACAGAUCGAUAAAAGCCUUUUAGCCAAUAUCAUUUUAACUGAACUUAUAAAAAUCUAUCUAUUCAGAACUAAACUCAAUGAUUCUCAAAGUAGUCAAACUUUUUUCCCUUCAUUAUGGUUUCUUUUGGAAUUAUUUAUUCAUUUAUUAGCACAAGAUUGGCACUUGACAAUAGAAGCUAAUGAACCGAACAUCAUUUUACCACUAUAUGAAAACCCUUGUUUUUUGGAAGAUUUAAGUUCAUUUAAUACAUGCCUAACAGAAUAUAUGAUUCGAUACGUUUGUAGUCAAUAUACUAAAAUUUCGGAUGCAGAUUCAACUCAGUGGGAAUCUCAUCGACUAAACAAUCAAAUAUUCUCAUUUUUCCUUUACGAUCUUUUCUCAUUUCUACCUAUCGAGUAUAUUUUUUCUGAAAUAAAAAAUUAUUGGAAUAAAAUUGAUCAACUACUCUCGGAUGCAGAAUUAAAUCAAAUUUCAAGUAAUAAAUUAUUAAAUUAUUUCAAAUUAGAUUUAUUACAAAUAAUUUGUUCACAUAAAGCAUUUUACCUGUUGAAUGAUUGUAAUAAUGACAAUGUUAAUUUCAAUAAUUUAUUACCAGUGAAUUGUGAACGAUUACUUCAAAGUUAUAAGCAAUUAUCCUUAUGCAAAAAUAAUCAUCAAACAAAGCCUUAUAUAAAGUCAAAUUAUAUUCCAUUAGCUACUAUUGAACCAGAAUUCUAUGGAACUGAAGAUAAUCAUCAUCAUUGUCACACUGAUGAUUAUCAUGCAAAAAGUUUAAACAUAAAUAAUGUGAAUGUCUUCAAUAGACAUUUUCUUAUUUCACUAGUUAUUUGUGAAUUGAUCACAGCUUUAAGAUCUGAGGACUCUGACCUUCAAAGACGUGGAGUUGAUGUUCUUUGGAAUAUUCUAUUAAAUAAUGAAUUGGAUUUAGAAAAAGAGACAUCAGAAAAAGAUUCUUCAUCUCAAUCGAUUUCUAACCUAUCUCAACUCACUUACUUUUAUUCCCCAAUACUUAAUAUUACGUGUGAUUCUUUGCCAUGUCUUGUUAAAACAUGGCAUUUAAACCAACUUCGAUCAAAUCGUUCUGCUGAGACUGAAUUUCCCAAACCUAAACAACAAUUUACAUAUGCUACAACAGCAGAUAAAGUGGUUCCUAAUUCAUCGAAUGAUUCUUGUUCAACAGUUCGAGCUUCCGGAAGAAUGAGACGGAUAAGGCGAUCUGCAAAACCUACUAAAUUCUUGGAAUCUGUAUCGGUCGGGAACUUGAAUACUAAAGAACCUGAAAAACCUCGUUCUCCACUACCUAAUGAAGAUUCAGAUGUGAACCUUAUAUUGAAUACCGAAUUGGAUUCUACUAAACCUAUGAAAUAUAUUACAAUGAAACGAUUAUUGUUAAUUAAUGUUUGGAUCCUUAAAUAUAUUCCCGAUUCACUUUAUCAUGAAUGGCUUCAACAAGCUAGCACUAAAGAGCGGAAUCAGCUUUUGUUAUUGAUUUUCUUAAUCGUAGAUGUUUUCGAAACUCACAUUUCCGAAGAUGAUUUACCCCUUAAAGAUAGUUACCCUCUAAGAGAUAGUAGAAAUCAUUCAGAUUAUCAAGUAAUUAAGAAUGAAUCACGAAAUACCUUGGAUCAAAAUACUUCAUCAAAUGAUCAUAUUUCUGUUGAUCGAUCCCUUAAAAAAUCACCUCAUGAUUCAAUUAUCAAGUUGAAAUCUCCAUCAGUUGAUUGUACUUUGUCAAGUCCUUAUGUUCAUCAAAAUAACAACACUUCCUCAAGUCAACAAUAUCAUUCUCGUCCAACUUUACUAAAACUCAGGACUAAAUUUACAAGAUCUAAUAGUUUUUCACUGGGAUCAUAUUCAAAUGAUACAGAUUUGUUUAGCUCAAAUCAAGAUUUAAAUGUUCUACGAAGUAUUUUGGUUUCUAAUGAUGUUGUUAUGGUUUUGUGCAAUUCGUUGGAUGCUACAAUAGAAGGAUUAUGGCAAGCGGACACGGCACUUGGCCAACCUGGCUUAAGUUUAUUCACACUUUAUAAUUAUCCAUUUAAUUGUAUUCUACCUUACAAGAAAUCGAAUUCGAUUAAUAAUGAAAACAAUACCUCUACAAGCCAAUGUCUUAUCAGUUGUAUUAUUCGUAUUAUCUUAUAUGUACUUGGUUUAAAUCAAAGCUCAGUGAGUUAUCAACGCAUUCUGCUUUCCUUGAAACGUAUCAUAUCACGUUUCCCUAGCUUCUUAUUUGAAGAUAAUCCGGAAUUUUGUUCUGUUUCAUGUCAUCAUUUAUUACGGUUAUGUACAAUGAAAGAAACAACUGUUCGCGACGAUGCUGUAGAUACAUUAUAUUUUUUAAUAAAAAAUUAUUAUACACUAACUAAAAAUCUAUCUUUUGUCAAAGUACAUCUUUAUUUAACAUUUAAUUCAUUUUUUACAAAGUUAAUUAAUAGUGGAAUGAUCAUAUCAAAUAAUUCACUAAUGAAUAAACAUUUAAAUAAUAAAAUGAAUACUGAAAAUAUUCAUUUCACAUUAUCGUCUACUUUGUUAAUGAAAGCAUAUUUAAUUGAUUCAUUACAUUAUUUAAAACAUUUAACUUUAUCAGAUGUUGAUUCUAACUUAUCAACUAAAUUAAUUAAUAACAGUAACUAUGAAGAAACAAUGUUUGAUUCAGAAAGAUACAUUGAACCAUUUAAUUUAACAUCAUUAUCAUUGAAUAAUAAUGACGAUGGGUAUAAUACGGUUUCUGGAAUAACUACAACACCAAUGACAGUGCCAACAAUACCAUUUAUGUCAAAUAUUCCCACUACAAAUUUUACUUUACAAAUUAGCCAACUAGUAGAUAAUUUAAAUUAUUUAUUAAAUGAUGCUAUACGAUUACAAGAUGCAAUACAUGUUGUAUAUAAACGACAACAGGAACAAUCGAAUGAUUGUUUUAAACAAACAGUGAAUGAAGAUACACUUUCAAUGAUUGAUUUAUUACAUUCUAUAUCACAUAGAAACCGUGCAUCACCGGAAUUACGAUUGUAUUGGAUUUUACAAAUUGCUGAGAAACAUUAUGAACUUUCUCAAUUUGCUGAAGCUUCUCAGUGCUUAGCACAUUGUACAGCUAUUGUCGCUGAACAUAUGAUUAAUCGAGGUUGUAGUCCAUCUGGACUAUCAUCAGCUGGAUGUGCAGAUAUUGCUGAUGCUGUACAAAAUCUAAAUAUACUUGAAGAAAGUUGUGCGUGCGGCUUUCCUAAUACAAGUGUAUUCGAUAAGUUCAGUUGUUCUACACCGAUAAUUCUACAAGAUUUAUCAUCUCUUAUGCCUUUAGAUGUUUCUUGGCAUUUUACAAUCCCUGGAUUUAUGGCACUAAUAUCCUGGACAGCAGAAUCAUUUGCAAAAGCUGGCUUUUAUGAAAUAGUUCCAUGUUUAUAUUCUCGCCUUGUGCUUUUGUUGCAAUCAAGUAAUGAUUAUGGACGUCUAGCAGAGAUCCAUGGACGAAUAAGAGAUGCAUAUACCGUACUGAAUAAAAAUCAGAAUACUAAAAGAAUGUUCAGUAGUUAUUUCCGUGUUGGUUUUCAUGGAAUUAUUUUUGGUGAAUUAAACGGUAAAGAUUUUAUAUAUAAAGAAGCUCCAUUCACGAAAUUGGCUGAAAUCACUCAUAGACUUCAAGCAUUUUAUGGAGAUAAAUUUGGUCAAGACAGGAUAGUCAUCAUUAAAGAUUCAAAUAUUGUAGACGAAAAACAAUUAGAUAGUGAUAAAGGUUAUCUUCAAAUCACUUUUGUGGAACCAUAUUUGGAGGAUUUUGAACUUCGAAGACGUACAACUAAAUUUCAUUGUAAUUAUGGUCUAAGUAAGUCAGAGACUAGUUUUCUUUUUAAUUUUUAUCCUUUCAUUAUGUCACUGUAAUUUAACUAAUCAUACCAUAGUUGUAUGAGACAGAAAUAUCAAAUCUUAAUUGCCCCUAGAUAUUUUCAAUGAAAGUCAAAUGUUUCCGACCAUGUAACUGAUAUAUUAUGAUCAUAGUUUCUCAUUAAAAACAUAUUAGAAGUUGUAUAUGUACAGUAUUAAAUACAUUUUUUUAUUUGUAGACUUACAAAAUGUUAAUUUAUUAGUGAAAAUAACUAUUAUUUAGGAGAACUUAAAUCUGAAACCAUAGGAUGAUAUGAAAGUUAAUAUUUUUGAUCCCCAUUAACCCUUAUCUCACAUUCACUACACUGAUGUACUUAUGAGUAAGAACAUAAAAACAUUUACAAUCGGUAUUAGAUUAACUUACUGAUUACACAAUAGAACAAUCUCGCUAGAUUACCUUGACAGUAUUGCCUUUUAACUGAGAUCAUGAACCGAUCACUGGUUGUCUAACUUUCAUCGGCUCAUGAUCUCAAUUAAAACUCAACAAUAUCCACAACCCUAUACUAAGUAUUACCCUUAGUUUAUUGAGUUGUAAACAAUGUAAACUUACUAAAAAAUACGAUAUUGAUUGAAUAAAUCUAUAAAAUGCCAUUAUCUGCUAUACUCAUUGUAGGACAACAAUCUAUAUUUCUCAAUGUCAGACCCACCUUCAUAUCAUUGGACAGGACUGUUCUCUGCGAUUGUUUGUUGAUGGAUGAGCCUGAGAAGCUCAUUGACAUCCUGAAGUUUCGUUAUAUAAACACCUCAGGCAGAUUGAAGGGAUAUAACCACCUCUCUCCAUUGUUUUAUUCAAGCGAUGAGAUCAGGUAGGGCUGCCAAAUCUCAUCAAUCCUCAUUAACUCUACCAUCGAUAGGAUUCUGAAAGCACCUCUGAUGUCAGUAGGUAAUUGUGAUGUUGAUCUGUUAACUGGAGAAAUUCUCGACCUUCAGUGUGCAGAUGUCGUUUUACUGUUUGCUGAUACUCAAGUCAUGCAAUCAGCGCCUAGUCAAUUGGUAAUGAAUGUCCUUAAGUAUGGCAUGUGCUUUGCACCUUGUAAGUCCAAAGUGCUUCUAAAAGACUAGCAGAAACCUGUGCCUGCACUCGCACUUGGUAGUGAGCGGUUAUACAAAGCACAGUAGCUUGAAGAGUUAUCGGGAAUGUUUCGGAAUAAAAGCCAGUGCCAAUCUGGCUGUAAUUUCCCUUCAUUAUCUUCAUAGAAGUGAGCGGAACUUCUCUAGCCAAAAGGAUUUGUAGUUACAGCUUUCUUAAUUGAACUGCUUCUCCCAUUAUUUGUUUUUCUCCUCUUUACUCUCACACACCUAUUAUUUUGCUAUUUUUCUUUACUACACUCAUCUUCCCGAUUCUUUCUAUUCAUUAUCUCACUUAUUGCGUGAAGUUAAAUAGUCUACAUACCAUAGGGACAAAGUAAACUUUCCCUGUUUUUAGUGUAUGGAUCAAAGAAAUAUAUUUACAGAUUACAUGUGAAUAAGGUUGAUUAAUUAAACAAAACAAAAAAACCAGUUAAGAAAAAGAACGAUUUGACAAUGCUACUUUCUCUAAUAUUUUAUCUUAAACAAUUAUUAACAAUCUAUUUGUAGUUGAAUAUUUUGUUAUACUGUCUCUCCUUAAAAUCUCUUCAAUUUUUUUCGUAAUGAACUAAACUUAAUUCCUAUCCAUACGACAAUAUAAACACAGUAUUUACCUAAUGUAAAUAGAUUGGAAUUCAUUUACUGAAGAGUUGGUACAUUUCUAUUUUAGUGUGUUAAUUCAAAAUUUAGUAUUUUAUUGUGAAGGGAUUUUACUAUCACUUUUUUUCAGAGCGUUUUGUUCUUUCUCUACCGU